AUGCAGAGAAGCACACUUAUUGUUUUAAUUCUCGCGUCAAUCGCUGAAAAUUCGCCUACAGAUCAAAUAUCAAUGAUGGAUAUGUUAAAAAACUAUCGGAGUAUGAAUGGUGACACGUUUGAAUCGAUUGUUCCUAACAUACAAGCCAACUAUACAACAGACUGUUGCCAGGAAUAUUCCUGUCCAAAUCCAUGCUACCCUCAUAUAUAUCCACCGCCUCCAUCCCCAAUAGUUGUUCCCGCCAGAACCUUCUACGAGCCAGUGGUUCACAACCACCCGCCUCUUCAUGUCAUCAAGAAGAUAAUCGCCAGAGAUAAGAAGAAAUGGAGAUAUGAUUCAACUAGCGAGGAGUUCACAUCCAGUGACACAGAUGAUUCAGGCACCAGUACAGACUACUCGAGUGUCCCAGUCAAUUGUAAAAUAGAAAUGAAACCCAAAAACACGAAUUAUAAACACGCCCAGGACAAUAAAACAAAUUAUGUCCUGAUGGCACUAGGAAUACUUUUGGUAGUACUACCGAUUGUAACUCUCUUCGUGGAUCCAGUGCUUAUAGCAAUGAAAUUCUUAACUCGUAUGGCAGUCGGGUCGCAACUGUACACCAUGCUGAGGGAGGAAGUUCCGGGCGCUUUUGUUAGUGUUUAUAUAUUCAACAUAACCAAUGGAGAAGCCUUCGUCUCCGGCGAGGAUUAUAAGCUGAAAGUUGAACAAGUUGGACCUUUUACUUAUCAGGAGUACCAUAAAAAUGAAGGCUUUGAAUUGGAUGAGGAAGCCGGAGUGAUGCGUUACACCCCCCUUGCCACCGCACAGUUCAUUCCAGAACAAUCUAUCGCCGAUCCACGACAAGUCAACAUUACUAUUAUCAAUACUGUGAUGCUUGCACUAGCAUCUAUGUUAAGUUCCUAUUCUGUAUUUGGACAAUCUGGCUACAAUAUGUUAAUAAAUCAACUGCAGUCGAAACCCUUCCUCAACAUUGAUGUGGACAGUUAUUUUUGGGGGUAUGAAGACCCACUAAUUGCUUUAGGCCAUACCCUUAUGCCAGGAUGGAUUACCUUCCAAAGAUUGGGUAUUUUAGAUAGGCUAUACGACCCAUCUGCCGUGCCAAGACUAGAACUUGGAAUCUAUGACGAGGAUAAGUUGAAUAUAAGGACUGUAAACGGAUGUCCCGGCCUCAAGGUAUGGCAAUACGAAAAUCCUUCCAAACGUUCUAGAUGCAAUACGCUAACUGACGCCUACGAGGGCUUUGCUUUCCCCGCGGGACUAACUCCUGACAGAGCUCUCAGACUAUAUCGUAAUGUUUUCUGUCGGAUGCUCGACCUGGUUUACGUUGAAACUAAGGUCUCGGACUUGGUUCCUGAAAUAUUCGUAUACGAAAUCAGAAACGAUAGUUUUGCUAUUAACGCGGAAAGCAACUGUCUCUGUGGCGAAUAUGAGUGCAUCGAAGGCGUUUCAAGUGCAGCGCCUUGCUUGUUCGGUUUUGAUCUUGCGUUAUCAUUCGGACAUUUUUGGAAUGCUGAUCCCAAAGUGUAUGAACGUAUUGAUGGAAUGCGUCCCGAUGGAAAGGAACAUGGUAGCGAGUUCCUGGUUGAUCCGAUUAGUGGUGCGGUGUUAGAUACGAGGUUCACACUUCAAUUAAACUUGAUUGUUAGAGACGUGAGGUACAACAGUUUAACUAAACCAUUCAGUGAAAUGGUGAUACCCAUGGCCUAUUUAAAGAUUGUCCAACCACCAUUACCAGACGAGGCAAAAAAUUUAUUCAGAUUUAUGUACCUAGUAUUUCCUAAUAUUAUCCUCGGGCUGCAGAUCAUUACAUUCAUAAUAGGUUUUACAAUGAUCGUGUACACAGUCAGAAAGCUUUAUUGGAAGGUUGUUUUAACAAAAGGUAUUGAUUUCAUGGAUGCAAGUAAUGAGAAUAGAGUUCAUGUACCACAUUCAGAAACACCUCUCGUAGAAGAAAAAACUUUAGAUGAAACAGAAUACCGAUUGGACACGAGAUAG